AUGAUUUUUCAAUUUUUACUCACUUUUUUAUUUUAUUAUUGCUCUAUUCACAUUUCAAUAAUCGACGGGUCGAAAUACGAGAGAUCUUUGUAUGAAAAGUUGUUGGAUAAAUAUAAUAUUCUUGAAAGACCUGUUGCAAAUCAUUCUGAUCCGGUUAUUGUUCACUUAAAGGUUGGUUUUUUCGGGAAAGAGAAAUUGGAGAUACAUUUAAUGAGAAGAGCAUUUUCAGAUUGUUUUGCAACAAAUUAUUGAUGUCGAUGAGAAAAAUCAAGUUGUUCUGAUCAAUGCAUGGCUAGAUUAUGUGAGUUUUUUUGGGGAAAAAUUUAAGGUUCCACGAUUUCACCUUCCAAUUUUUUUAUUUUAGAAUUGGCAUGACUACAAUCUAAUGUGGGAUAAAAGCGAAUAUGGAAACAUCACAGAUGUUCGAGUUCCGGCUGGAAAAAUCUGGAAACCCGAUGUUCUUCUAUAUAACAGGUUAUCAAGCACUAAACUUGAUCCUUGAAGAUCAAAAAUUUUGCAGCGUUGACACAAACUUCGAUUCAACAUAUCCAACAAAUAUGAUAAUAAAUCAUGAUGGGAGAGUUCAAUGGGUUCCUCCUGGAAUCUUCAAAAUAUCGUGUAAAAUUGAUAUUCGAUGGUUUCCUUUUGAUCAACAACAUUGUUUUUUCAAAUUUGGAAGUUGGACUUAUGAUGGAUUUAAAGUUGAUUUAAGAGCUGAUGAACAACAUGGAAUUGAUAGAUCAGAAUAUAUGAUGAAUGGAGAAUGGGAUCUACCACGUAAGUUAUCAAUUAGACUAUGAAAUUGUAUUUUGAUUUGAUUGAAAAAACAAAACUUUCAGUGGUGACAACAAAAAGAAAUGUUCAAUUCUACGCAUGUUGUCCAGAACCAUACUACGAUGUUCACUUUUUCCUAGUUCUACGUCGUCGUACACUUUACUACGGUUUCAAUCUUAUUAUGCCGUGUAUUUUGACAACUUUAAUGACCCUUCUUGGUUUUACACUUCCUCCAGAUGCCGGUGAAAAAAUCACACUUCGUGAGUCUAUCAAUCAGAAGUGAUUUUAAAAAAAAUCAAUUUGUUUUUAGAAAUCACCGUGUUACUGUCAAUUUGUUUCUUUUUGAGUAUUGUUUCUGAAAUGUCUCCGCCAACUUCAGAAGCAGUUCCUCUUCUCGGAAUAUUUUUCACGUGUUGUAUGAUUGUGGUUACAGCUUCGACUGUUUUCACUGUUUAUGUUCUUAAUUUACAUUAUCGAACUCCAGAUACUCAUGAAAUGGGAACAUUGGUGAGGAUUGAGGCAUGCGAUUCAAAAAAUUACCCUAACUUGAAUUUCAGACCAGAAACAUUCUUCUCUACUGGCUUCCCUGGUUUUUGCGAAUGAAAAGACCAGGAGUUAAUCUAACUUAUGCAUCUCUUCCUCCAUUAUUUUCUCAAAAACCAAAACGUCAUUCCGAAUCUUUGAUUCGAAAUGUGAAAGACAACGAAUGUCAUCAUUCAAGAAGUAAUUCUUUCGACGCUGAUCGAAAAAUUGAUCAAUAUAUUAUGAUGCAACCAAUGAUUCCAAAUAUUCUACCAAAUUCUGUGGUAAGCAAAUACCUUAUGAGGGAAGAUCAGAAAAUAAUAAAGAUGUAAUUUUAUAGAUUCCAAACAAUAAUCCACACGUGGAUCCAUCUCAACAAGCAACCCUUUUAAUUUUACAUCGAAUUUAUCAUGAACUAAAAAUUGUGACAAAACGAAUGAUUGACAGUGAUAAAGAAGAACAAGCUUCGAAUAAUUGGAAAUUUGCAGCCAUGGUGAGAGAUACUUUUUAAAUAUAAAAUUUCAAAUACUUUCCUUUUGACCCAUUAUGUUCCAAACUUUUUUUUCAAAAAGUUUUCAUCGCAAAUUUAAACCUCGAGACAAAAAACCCCCUUAAAACUCACGUGACUCAUAAUUUUCCGCAGGUCGUCGAUCGUCUCUGCCUCUACAUGUUCACAAUUUUCAUAGUUGCCUCAACAGUCGGAAUAUUCUGGUCGGCUCCAUAUCUUGUCGCAUAA